AUGCUCCUUUUUGGAAAAUCAAAAUCCUUCAAGACAUCCAAAUUCAAAACCAUUGUCUCUCUUGCUGUCUCUCGAAUUGCCAUACUCAAAAAACAUCACCACAUCCGUUGGUCUCAAGCUCGUUCGGAUGUUGAUCAUGUGAUCAGGGAGCAGAAUAUAUUGGAUGCCUUCAGCAUCAUAGAAGGCUAUUGCCGCCUUCUGAUAGAUAGGAUCAUGCUCAUUAAGAACAGCAAAGCGUGUCCCGAUGAACUGAAGGGGGCAAUAUCAAGUUUGAUCUUCGCUGCUUCAAGAUAUGGACAAUUGCCAGAACUCCAAAAGAUUUAUAGGAUCUUCAUGGCAAAAUAUGGGAAGAACUUUUCAAAUUAUGCUAUUGAAUUACGCAACAACUGUGGGGUAAAUCCUAAGAUUGCCAAAAAGUUUCCAACUCAAUGGCCAAUCUGGGGAACCAAACUGAAAGUUUUAAACGAAAUUGCUUCUGAGAAUGGGAUCAUUCUUAGAGUUGAGGGAGAAUCGUCUGGGAUUAGUAAGGAAAAACUGCAUACCAGAGAAUCGAACGGCCUGAAUGAUCAUAAGCUGAAGGAUGCAACUAAAAAUUUGCGUGAAGGAAUACAAGAAGAUGAGAACUUCUCUAGAUUUAUGAAAGAAAGGAGUAAAUAUAGAGAUGUGAAGACAGCAGCUGAAGCAGCUUUUGAACUAGCAGCUCAGGCAGUAGCAGCAGCAAGAGCUGUUGUGGAACUGUCUCAAUCCAAACUACACGAAAAAGAUCUGUUGAUCAUGUCAGACUAA